AUGUCCAAUAAUCAAAAGAAAGACAGUUAUGUUAUCUGCAAAUGUCCAGACUGUACAAAGUUGGAUAGCUGUGGAAAGAAACAGAAAAGACAAAAUGCACAACGACACUAUGAGAAACAUAUAGUGCCUGUUGCCAAAGACGAUGCAAUGGAUGUUCCUGAAGAACAUUUUGACGACAUGGAAGUAGAUAGUAUUGACAGUGACAAUGACAAUGAUUAUGAUUACGAGAACGAAGGCGAAGGCGAAUAUGAAGACGAAAAUGAAGAACAAAACAUUGAAUUUGAUCAAGAAGUUGACUUACCUUUGUCCCAAGAAGAGUCCAUCUUUACUGCCGAAGAUACAAUUACAGGAGCAUUUGUGGUUGAUGGCGAUGAGAUUGAAGAAGGCGAUACCGGUUUUGAUUUUGAACAAGAAGAAAACUUUGAUGAGACCAGUGGGACCUCGAUAGUAGAAUCAGUUCGUCCUUCGUCUUUUGAUAACAUGCCCUUGUAUAUCCGCUUUGUUGCAGUAUUCAUUGUCAUAUUUCACUUGAUCUUUUUGGUGGAAAGCGGUGGAUCGAUUCUCAUUGAAUUUUGUAAUACUCUACUGUCUCUCUGUGAUAUGUCUGGCGCCCUUCCACUGACGAUCAAUAGCUUGAAGCAUAAGACAGGAUUUAACAUGGCAACAGACGGAAUGACAGUAUACAUUGCAUGCUCACAAUGUCAUUCGAUUUAUCCUCCGGAAACAAGUCAAAGAGUCUGUACAUUUAAGAAAUUCUCUCAAUCUGCCAUUUGCAACAACAAUCUCUUUAAAGUGUCAACCGGAAAUCGUUCUCUUCCAGCAAUGGUAUAUCCAUUCAACUCUCUGAAGUACGCCUUGCAACAAAAAUUUUCCAAGCCAGAUUUCGUGUCCAAGAUCAAUUUGUGGAGAAAAAAAGAAAACAGCACUCGGUGGUCAGAGCUUCAUCGGUUAUCUUACUUUGACCCAGUCCGCUUUACAGUUAUAGACCCGAUGCAUAACCUCUAUCUUGGAACUGCAAAGCGAAUGAUUCAGAUAUGGCGCGAGUGUAACUACAUCAAUGAAAAGAAUCAGUUAACUAUGCAAGAGCUUGCCAAUGGUAUUGUUGUACCUUGUGGAUAUGCGCCCAAGAAUCUCGAAAACUGGAUUUUGUUUGUUGACGCAUGCCGCUUACUCACAAAACCUUCGAUCAAUGACAAAGAAAUAGACGAAGCCCACAGUAAACUCCAAUUGUUUUGUACAAGAUUUCAAACACUGUAUGGAAAAUCGGCCGUGACACCGAAUAUGCAUCUACAUCUUCAUCUUGGCGAGUGUGUUCAUGACUUUGGGCCAAUUUAUGCUUUCUGGUUAUUCAUUUUCGAGAGAUACAAUGGUUUGUUGAAGAAUAUCGAAACAAAUCAAAAAGGCGGCUUCGAAUCAACAAUGAUGAAGAGAUUUUUGGAGAGAACAUACAUUGGCAGCUUCAUACAAUCUUUCGUCAACCAUCUCCCCCAGUUCGCAAUUGACUUUCUGCAUCGCAUUUCAAAUAGUCAAGAUCAAUUAGCAGCAUUGCAUCCAUCUUCUACUGCCAGUACCUUUUCUCUGUCUGACUUUGUUGAAUAUUCGUUAAACCCUCGUCAUUCUGCUUUGGGUUGUGAGCCGUUGCCCCCUUCAGUGUUUCUGAUUAAACUCGACCAAAGGAUUACAAUGUGCAAGGGACAUUAUGAAUGUUUACUGGAGUUUUACAGACACGCGUAUGGCAGUCACGAUCUUUUUGGCCAUUAUUCAAACUGCGAGUCUAACCAGAUUUUUGUCAAUAACCGAAUUGAGAAAAUGAAACGGAUAUCUCUUCUUGGACAGGAAUACUCUUCUGGAUCUUAUUUCCGCGCCUAUUAUCUUGAGAAUAACAGUGAAGAUAAAGCAGCGUUUCCUGGCCGUAUACUGUAUUUAUUUCAACAUUUAAUAACCAUCAACGAAACUGUCAUCACCCAUACUUUUGCGUUUGUUGAGUGGUACUCUAGUUAUUCUUCGGGGAGUUACCAGCCAAUGUUAAAUGAAGGCAUUGAGCUCUGGAAUGAACCUUCUUCUGUACUUAAUUAUGAAUGUAUUAUUCCAGUACAUCGUUUAUAUUCACCAAUCGCAAUUGCUAAAUAUAGGUUUACUAUAACUAGUGAAUUUAAACGUUUAGUAAUCCCUUUACCCCAAAAAAUAGAAGCUUAA